AGGCGAAACCAGCUGGCGCACUCGGCGGCCGGCCAGUGGCCGCGGGAUGCGAAAGCGGACCGAGCCUAUCACCUUGGAGCAUGAACGUCGCGCCUCCUCGGGCGUGCCCUCCUCAGGCUCGGGCUCUGGGGCGCUGGACGCCACCUGCCGUCUGAAGCACAACUUGCGUCUGGCGGGCACAGGGCCGGCGGAGCCGCGCUGCGCGGCAGACGCGGGCAUGAAGCGGGCACUAGGCAGGCGAAAGGGGCUUUGGUUCCAACUAAGGAGGAUACUUUUCUAUGUGUUGGGGUUAUAUAUUGCCAUUCCAUUUCUCAUCAAACUAUGUCCUGGGAUUCAAGCCAAAUUAAUUUUCUUAAAUUUUGUGAGGGUUCCCUAUUUCAUUGACUUGAAGAAGCCUCAGGAUCAAGGUUUGAAUCACACCUGUAAUUAUUAUCUCCAGCCAGAGGAAGAUGUGACAAUAGGUGUCUGGCACACUGUCCCAGCUGUCUGGUGGAAGAAUGCACAAGGAAAGGACCAGAUGUGGUAUGAGGAUGCCUUGGCUUCUAACCACCCUGUCAUACUAUAUCUGCAUGGAAAUGCAGGUACCAGGGGAGAGGACCACCGUGUGGAGCUUUACAAGGUGCUGAGUUCCCUUGGUUAUCAUGUCGUCACCUUUGAUUACAGAGGUUGGGGUGACUCAGCAGGAACGCCAUCUGAGCGAGGCAUGACAUAUGAUGCACUCCAUGUUUUUGACUGGAUCAAAGCAAGAAGUGGUGACAACGCUGUGUACAUUUGGGGGCACUCUCUGGGCACUGGGGUUGCAACAAAUUUGGUGCGGCGCCUUUAUGAGCGAGAGACACCUCCAGAUGCUCUUAUAUUGGAAUCUCCAUUCACCAAUAUCCGUGAAGAAGCAAAAAGCCAUCCGUUUUCAGUGAUAUAUCGAUACUUCCCUGGAUUUGACUGGUUUUUCCUUGAUCCCAUUACAAGCAGUGGAAUUAGAUUUGCAAAUGAUGAGAAUGUGAAGCACAUCUCCUGCGCUUUGCUCAUUCUGCACGCCGAGGAUGACCCAGUUGUGCCCUUCCAGCUCGGAAGAAAGCUUUAUAACAUUGCUGCACCAUCUAGGAGCUUCCGGAACUUCAAAGUUCAGUUUAUACCCUUUCACUCAGACCUUGGCUAUAGACACAAGUACAUCUAUAAGAGCCCUGAGCUUCCACAGAUACUGAGGGAGUUCCUGGGAAGAUCAGAACAGGAACAUCAACAUUGA